AUGGUCCAUGAACUAUCUUCAAGAGUCCACCGAGCCACGAGCUCCUCCCCCAACCUUGAUCGAGUGCUCGAAGAAUUCCAGCGCUUACCGUUUAUAUCACGGAUCUCUCGCGUUCAAGUUCGUUACGUAAACAACUUCAAGUUCACCCCGUACAACGGAUUAGAUGAUCCGAAACCGUUUUUAACUUCAAAGAGUUUUGCAAUCAGCCGAGCUCAUUUCAGCGAUGAAGAGUACGAAGCUGGCUGCUGCCAGCUAUUCGUCGAGAAUCUAGUCCAGGAAGCUCUGGGGUGGUUCUCCCGGCUCCCGCCGAACUCGAUAGGGAGCUAUCACGAGCUGACCACCGCCUUUCUCCAACAUCACUCUACGUUUAUGAUUCAAGGUGCCUCAAACGCCGAUCUCUGGAACAUUUUCCAGCGGAACGACGAAUCUCUCCGAGACUUCAUGGAGAGGUUUAAAAGAAUCGUCUCGAAGCUCUCGAUAGCUUACGACACAACAAUAUCAGCUCUCCGAAAUGCUCUCGCUCAAAGCUCCUGGUUCAGGGAGGACAUCAUAAUACAUGGGCCUUUGACUCUGGAUGAAGCACUACACCGUGUUAACAGAUACAUAGAGUUAAACAAAGAAAGGGCAUCGAGGACGAACCGUCCAGAACCGCCGACCCCAAAAUCGGCCAAAGGAAAAGAGAAGACACAAGACGAGCAUCGCGAGCCUCGUCAACACCUUGACAAGGAAUACGCUGAUAGGUUGGACAAGGGAAAGAAAGUUCAAACGUUUGCAGUUAGUAAUCAAGAUCCCAAGGCAUCUUCAUCAAAAUCCUGGAAUAACAAGUGGGUCCGAGACCCAUCGGGAAAAGGUGGCAACAAAUAUUGUGAAUACCACAAACGAGCAAGGCACUCAACAGAAGAGUGCCGCACCCUCCAACAAAUAUUGCUCGACAAAUUUAAAGAGGGCCAAAUUGACGUUGAUCUCGAGCGACGACAAAUAGCUGUUCACAAGGAUAACCAUUUCUUCAAUCCUGAGAACGAAAAUACAAGCAAGCAAUAUAACACCGCCCCCGCGCCACAACCGGGACCCGAAACCCUGCCCUGCCCCCACCAUUAA